AUGCAGAUCGACCUCGGCAGGGUUAUGCUGGUCACCGGUGCCGUCACGCAGGGGCGCGCCAAUUACGACCAGUGGGUUGUGAGCUACAAGCUGAGCGUCUCGGCGGACGGGGCGUCGUGGACCGAGAUGGAGGCCACCUUUCCGGGAAACUCCGAUCGCAACAGCAGGGUGAAGGCGUUCCUCGAGCUCCCAACUUACGCCCGCUUCGUCCGCAUCAGGCCUCUGGCGUGGUACGGCCACAGCUCCAUGCGCGCCGGGGUGCUGCUGUGCGGGGAGUAUGCUCCUGCGGGCUACGAGAAGUUCACUGGCAAGGAGUGCAGCGAGGGUCCAGAUGGAUCUGCCGAGGUGGAGUUGCACGAGGGGCAGCACGCGGAAGCCUGCAGCACUGCGUGCGAUGGGGACGAGGCGUGUGCCGGGUUCGUGCACGUGGCGGGCGACGACGCCGGAGCGAGCCACGAGAGGUGCUACCUGCGAAAGGGAAGCAUGGGCGACCCAGAGGAUUAUGCAGAUGACACCCGGGACUGCUACUGGCGCGGGGGCAGGUGCGACGCAAGCAGCACCCUCAACUCGGCAGAGGGAGACCGGAAGUACAGCAGCAUUUGGGACAACGACGCGCUGGGAACUGGCCAUGCGAGGUCCGCGAUAAAUUCGGAGCAGGCUUGGAGCUCCUUGUAUAACAGCGUAGGCCACUACGUGCAGAUUGACCUGGGGGCCGCGAUGCCAAUCAGCGGAGUUGUGACUCAAGGUCGCUCAGACCUCGAUCAGUGGGUGACGAGCUACCAGGUGGAGUAUUCAGUCGAUGGCGAGCUCUGGCGUGACGUCGACGGAACCUUUGCGGGCAAUAGCGACCGCAACACGGUAGUGCAUGGCAUGCUACCAGCCAUCAAGCUGGCGCGCUACGUCCGCGUGAGGCCUCUUGCGUGGCAUGGGCACAUGUCCAUGAGAGCGGCGGUCCUCGUCUGCACCGCAGCGCACGCCGCCCACGAAGCCACGGCGUACGCUGGGGAGUACGAGGUAUGGUACAGGAGCGCACGGAGGGGCACCGACAUGCUGAUCGGCUGCGACGACACGGCGACCCAGCCUGGGAUAUUCACUGACUCGCUCCACUUCGACAACGUCGCAGAGCUGUGCACCGACGCGCGCGAUGCCGGCGCCACGGUGUCGAUACUGAACACGUUUGGGGCUGGCAAGUACGAGUGCUUGCACAGGGAUGGCGAUACUCUCAGAGGCAGCCACUACACGGGUGUGGGCCAGUACUGGGGAACCAUCGAAUACCGGUUGAUCAAUCUCGGGCCGGCACGGUGGCGGCUCUCCUGCGGGCAGGCCUACGUGCUGGGCGCCGCGGGCGCGGCGGGCUGCCCGGUGGGCAGCGUGCCGCUGACCGAGGCAGAGUGCCGCGCGGCCGCCGGCGCGUACGCGCUGACCCUGGCCGACCCGUUCCAGAUCUCGGAGGGCCACGACCCCGUGGGCUGCUUCCAGGUCGACGGCACCGCGUACUUCAACUCACACCCGACCGGAGCACUGCACGCGGGCCGCGGGCCCAUUUGCAAGGACGACCCCGAGGAGAUAACCCCCUCCUUCGUCGCUGGGGAGGCCGGCUCGAACGAGUGCCCCCCGGGCAGCCUCUGGAUGGGCAGCACGCUGUGCCAGACUGCGGCGGCCACCAAGGGGCUGACCCUUCACAGCCCCUUCACGAUCUCCACGUCUCACGACCCGAAGGGCUGCUUCUCCUACGGGGAGCACAUGUACUUCAAUACGCAUCCCACAGGAGCAGCUCAUGCGGAUCGGAUACCCUAUUGCGUCGAGGCCUUUGUCAAUGGCACGACUGGCGUGAACGCUUGCCCUGCAGGGAAGGUGCACCUGACCCAGGCUGGCUGCGAGACAGCGUCCAGCUUCUACGGAUUGCCUCAGAGCAACCCCUUCGCCGUGUCGGACGUGACCGAGCCAGCUGGCUGCUUCCAGCACGGGGGCUCCCUGUCGUACAACACGCACGCCGUCGGCGGCGACGACCAUGCUGACAGAGUGGUGCUGUGCAAGGAGCCUUACCGGCUGGGCGCCACGGGUGCCAACGGCUGCUUGCCUGGCACCGCCCUGCUGAGCGAGGAGGAGUGCCACCAGGCGGCGCACUUCUUCCGCCUGUCCCUGCACUCCCCGUUCGUAAUCUCGACCAGCCACGAUCCAGCAGGCUGUUUCCAGCAUGGGCAGCUGAUGUACUUCAACUCGCACCCCCUCGGGGCGGCGCACGAGGAUCGCACCCCGUACUGCAAGAUAUCGGCGGAGGAGUCAGAGUGGACGCUCCUCCUCAGCACCAACAUGGCAAGCCCCGACCUGGGUGAUUUCAGCACCGGGGCUCAGGUGGGAACGCUGGCCGACUACGCCACCUCGGACUACCGGAUCGGAAAGACUGGCGCGCAGCUCCAGGAUGAGGGCCUGCACGGUAUUCGCGUGACCACCACUUCUGGACAUUUGUUUGAGUUCCAAGGUACCCUCGAGGCUUCGGGCUUCGACAACACGUGCACCAGCUGCAACUGCCACGGCAACAGCAUGGGGAGCGGCUUCUACUGGCACGGCGGGCGUGGCGGCUGCUACGGCUCGAACCACUUCGGGCUCAAGAAGGAGGCCGACGUGCACAGCAGCUGCAGCAGCGGUGUCGAGGCCGACUCCGCCUGGGGCCACUUCCACCGCAGCGGGGUGAACACCGGGGUGUACUUCUUCGGCGACGACUGCAUCAACGAGCACGAGUGGCAGGAGCGGUUCUUCUUCUGGGGCCUCGGCGUGCCGCCUGCGGCACCGUCCGCCGCGCCAGCUGCCGAGGGCGCCUCUGCCUGGACGCUCUUCCUCAGCACGGACAUGAGCAGCAGCUCGCUCGGGGACCUCGCCAGCGGCACCCAGGUCGGAGAGCCCGACGCCUACGAGAGCCAGGACUACCGCAUCGGGAAGUCGGGCCAGCAGCUGAAGGACGAGGGGCUGAGCACCAUCCGCGUGACCACGGCCUCGGGCUACGUCUUCGAGGCCACCGGCAUCUCCGACGCGUCCGGGCUGGACAACACCUGCACCAGCUGCAACUGCGGCGGCAACAGCCUCGGGGGGGGCUUCUUCUGGCACGGCGGCCGCGGCGGCUGCUACGGCUCCACCCACUUCGGUCUCAAGCGCGAGGCCGACGUGCACAGCGACUGCGGGAGUGCGAACCCAGACGAUGCGGGCUGGGGCCACUUCCACCGCGUUGGGGUGAACACCGGGGUGUACUUCUUCGGGAACGACUGCGUCAACGAGAACGAGUGGCAGGAGCGGUUCCACUUCUGGUACAACACCCCGGUGGCCAGCGUCGCGCUCGCGGAGGACGCUCCCCUCGCGGACGCGGGCGAGUGGACUCUGCUGCUCAGCACCGACAUGAGCAACACCGCCCUGGGCGAUUUCAGCAGUGGCGAGCAGGUGGGCGAGGAGGGCACGUACGAGUCGGCCGACUACCGCAUCGGGAAGACGGGGCACACGCUCGAGCAGGAGGGUGUCCUGCGGCUUCGAGUGACUACGGCGUCGGGCCACGAGAUGGAGGUGCCAGGCAUCGACUCCGCCUCCGGCUUUGACAACACGUGCACGAGCUGCAACUGCAACGGCAACAGCAUCGGUGGCGGUUUCUAUUGGCACGGAGGCCGCGGUGGUUGUUAUGGUUCCACCCACUUCGGCCUCAAGAGGGAGGCGGACGUGCACAGCAACUGCGACAGCACCGACUUUCACGAUGCGGCUUGGGGCCACUUUCACCGUAGUGGGGUGAACACUGGCGUCUAUUUUUGGGAAAACAGCUGCAUCAACGAGAACGAGUGGCAGGAGCGCUUUUUCUUCUGGUACUCUCCAGCGGCGAUCCCCGCGGCCACCGCAGGCGCGGGCGACUCGUCGGAGGCAACGACAGCCGCCUACGAGACGGUGCCGGCGGUGCCAGAGCCCUUGUACGUGAAUUUCCAGCCCAGCGACACCAAGGCCCCGAUGGGCUGGCUCGUGGACAGCGGGGAGGCCUACGGGGUCCGGGCGGGCGGCAUGACGUACGGCUGGCGCUGCGGCGGCCCCGCCGCCCAGGCGCAGGAGCGGAGCGACGGGACGCGCACGGCCCUCCAGAACACGCUGGUCGUGCCAGACGCUGCGAAGGACUGCCCAGACGAGGAGUGGAACAUCCGGCUCUUGGACGCGCACUACAAGGUGACGGUGACCUUCGGGGACACGCAGGGCCCAGUCCAGACUGCAGGGUGCACGCUGGAGGGGAUGAGGCUCGGGGUGGACGACGUCGUCCCCACAGGUUUCGAGGCUUCUGCGACCCUUGACGUCCUUCUGACGGACGGCAGGCUGACGUUCAAGGGCAGCUCGGCGGGCAACUGCGCGUCCAUCAACCGCAUCACGAUCGCCCCAAUAGUUCCUGCUGUCAAGGCUCCACCACCGAUCAUGUGGCAGGAAGUUUUCGAAGAAGACGUUGGCAGCCACAACGACGCCUCGUACGACAACAGUGACGAGAGGACCCUCAACUACGACCUGCCCCACGUGAGCUCUGGAAUGUAUUGGGUGCGGCUGGAGUGGAAUCUUGGCAAAUCGUGGAUUCAGUUUCACGUCCCUAACGGUUCAAACAUCUUCGACCAGUCUUCGCCGCAGCAGGACAUCCCCAUUGAAGCUAUCACAUCGAGUGGUGACGUAUCUUCAAUGUAUGGCACAGAUGGGUACUUCUGCCAUGCAUGUGUCAAGAACGGCUUCAAGUGGGGAGAUACUUGCUGGGCAGUGCUACCUUCGACCGACACGCACCGUUACUGUGGAUGCAACAGCGGGGGUUGGGCGGGUGAAGGCAUCUACUAUGGUGGUUACAAGGGGCAGGCCGACAUUUGCAGCGCCCAGGGAGGGGGCUUUGCAGGCCCGAUCGCGGACGGGCAGCAGAAGGGCAGCCUUCCUUCCGUUGGCCUGAAGCUCCUGGUGUCGGCACCGCCUGCCUCGAACUACGCGGCGACGGCUGGCGAGACGUGCGCGGAGCAGCCCUACACUCUGGACGAGUCCGUCGGGUGCGACGGCUGGAGCGGCUUCACGGAGCAGCAGUGCUGGCAGGCGUGCGCGCACAGCCUUCAGGCGCCGAACUGCCCGGCUAAGUUCUGCGCGGCUGCCAAGUUUUAUUCAAGCACAGGCUGGUGCCACCUGGUCGAAUCUUGUGGUUCCAUGGUGGAGAGCCCGACGGCAGUCCACCUGGAGGCGACCCGGCAGUGCCUGAGAAUCUUGACUGGCUUGCAGCACGAGGGGUUCCUCGAGGUCAGGGUGGACUCAGGCGAAGGUUAUGUGCUCGAGGCCAGCGCAAAGUUUCUGAGAGGAGACGUUGUCUUGGAGAAAUGCUGGGCCGAGGUUGUGUCCGUGCAGGUGUCCAGUAGUCACGGCUCAUGGUGGCAGGGAUCCAUCGAAUUCUCCGACAACGCGGGCGCAUCGUAUUCCGCCAUGACUUGUGUCGACUGCGCACAGGGCUACUAUACUGCAGCGAUCAACGUCGAAGGCGGCGAUUGUGGCAGCGAAGGGACCUCGGGUACCCGCUGCAAGGACGGCUCUACCUGCGAGAUCAAGGCGUAUAGGUACAGCAUCAGAAUCCUGACUAGCCAGGACAUCUCCGUUGGCCACCUCAGCGUGAACGUGGACGAGGGUGCGGGGUUCGAAGAGGUGGCCAGCAGCGAUUGGGGGCCAGGAAGCGUGGUUCUCGCCAGGGGCUACCCAGAGCUGCCGAAGCUGCAGGUCCAGAAUCCGAGUAGCGGACACGCUUGGUUGGGUUCCAUCGAAUACUCCACGGACUACGGUGGCACGUUCCACCCCAUGAUAUGCAAAGAUGGCUGCAGCUACGCGGCAAGCACAGUGAGCGUCGUCGUGGACAGCGGCGACAGCAACACCGCGGGGUCUGCCCUUUGCCUGAAUGGCGCCCUCUGCGAAGUGGACGGCCCGUCGCCUGGCGACGAGCUGAUCAACACCACCAUCGUUGUGCAGGGCGAUUGGUCUGAUGCGAAGGACGACUCGCCGAGUGCGGCCGCGUGCCCAGCGAACCAUUGGGUGCGUCAGUGCUACUCCACCCCUGGCAACCAAGGCGACGGCAUGGUUGUGUCUGAGGACGGAAGCUCGUGCACGGCCUACUCCAGCGGGGAGAAGAUCAGGGCCAAUGCGGUGUGCACCCCCACAGCGACCACCGCGAGGCCCAGCAGCAGCAUAUACCUCGACAAUCAAGUGGUCACCGCAUCUUGCCCCUCGGGCGAGCCCUUGGGGUGCACCUGCCACUCGUACUGGAGGAACUGCGGCUCAGAUACGGGCUUCGUGCCCUCCGGCGGCGUCUGCACGAAGAGCAUCCCGACGUCGUCCAGCAACCGCCGCCGUGCCGUAGGCAACGGCGUGGGCUCGAAGGUCUUCGCUAUCUGCCCGAAGGUGCCGGUCAACUCCGACUCCAACCCAGUGGAGGUCAUCAGCGGGUUCUCCGAUGGCGGCGACGACACCUCGGCCACGGCGACGUGCCCAGGAGGACACUGGGUGCAGAGCUGCGAGUCCAUCCCCGAGAACGCGGGGGACGGUGUCACGGUGUCCCCGGACGCCACUCAGUGCACGGCUUUCUCGAGCUGGCAGAGCGGCAAGGUUCAAGCAAAGGCGGUGUGCUCCACCGCCAAGACCAUAGCCGUGGUCAGCAGCUCGAAGUAUCAGGGCAAUAUGGACGUCACUGCCUCAUGCAGCUUCGGAGAGCCCUUGUGGUGCACCUGCCACUCGGCGUGGACGGCGCUGACGCACUGCGGCUCAGACACGGCCUUCCUCCCCGUGGGAGGGGUCUGCAUCAAAAACGUUCCAGCGAAUCCUGGCGCAAAGAUCUACGCCGUCUGUCACGCAGAGCCAGACGAGGUGACGACCACCGCUACCGUGGAAGCACCGUUGUGCAUCGAUUGUGGUAACGUUAAGGGACCGAUGGAGUGCUGGGACGGUUGCCACGGCCGUGGGUACUGCUCAAAGUGCAACUCGGCGAGCGGGACUUUGGGCGCCUGUUGCAUGAAGGGGGACCCCGACGACCCGGAGGAAUGCCAGAACGCGCCGGAGGAGAAUUUCUUCUACGAGGGCUACCACAUGUGCGUCUUGACGCAGGCGGCCACGGAGUUCAAGUGGCAGGCGGUCUUCGAGGAGUCCGCAGGCAGCGGCAACGGGGCACAGUACGACAACAGCGACGAGCGGACACUCAAUUACGACAUUGGCCACGCGCACGGCGGGGACUAUUGGGUUCGCCUUGAGUGGGCAUUGGGCACCUCGUGGGUCCAGUUCUACGUGCCACACGGCUUUGACAUUUUCGACCAGGUUCUGCCGCAGCCUAGCAUACCCAUCUCGUCCAUCACGAGCAGCAGGAAUUUCGAGGUGACCUUCAGUCCCACCGGUUUCUUCUGCCACGCCUGCGUCAAGGACGGCUUCAGGUUUGGCGACACUUGCUGGGGAGUGGUACCCGCGAACGAUCUCGAUCGGGAUUGCGGCUGCAACAGCGGCAGUUGGGCUGGGAACGGUGUUUACUACGGCGGGUAUAAGGAAAACGUGCAGGCGUGUUCGGCAAAUGGUGGCGGUUUCGCUGGCGCGAGGACCAACGGCGAGCAGAAGGGGAAUUUGCCUUCCGUCGGCCUGAAGUUCAUGAUCUCGGCACCGCCGUACUCAUACAUGGGAUGCGGAUCUGGAAGCUUCUCGUAUUCUUGCGACAGACAUGCCGAGACCUACUACGUUCAGUGCAGGCCAUUCUUGCAGGGAACCGUUAACGAGAAGGCUGUGGCUUGCCGCCACCAGUGUGCGGUCCUGGGUGGCUACAGGUAUUUCUCCGUGCACGAGUCCACCGCUUGCCUCUGCAGGAAGAGCCCCCCAAGCAUCAGCGACGUGGAGACUCCGGCGUCCUCGUGUAGAGAGCCAGACCUGGUGUACGCGAUCGAGGAGUCCGCCGUCGGGGACAGGCCAGUGACGUGCAUGCGCGCGGCGACCUGGUGCUCCAAGGCUGGUGACCGCUACAACGACACCGCCGACUGCGACGGAGAUGGCGUUCCAGACCCCCAGUGCAGCGACAGCUCUGGAAAUACUGGCUACAUCGGCUCCGCGAGCUUCUGUGAGGACACGUUCCCGGCAGGGGUUUGCGGAAAGCCUACCGAGAGUGCCACGUCGGUGAGUCACUUCGCCGUCUCUGGCAGUUACGCCAGCAGCCAGACUGACCAGCAACGAGGACAAGCGUUCGUGGGGGACCAGACUGAGUAUUGCCUAGCUGAUACCACGGACGCGCUGACAGCGCCCGAUGGCACAGGCACGCGCAUGGGCACCGUCUGCUGCGAUAGCAUGGGUAUUGGCACGCGCCCGGACUGCGUGACAGGGACACACAUGGUGGCCAAGGCCAAGUGUGAGGCAAGUGGCUUGGGUUUGUGCACCAUCGAGCAGCUAAAGGGUGGCGCUGGCGAAGCCUCGGGCUGCGGCUUCGACGCUGCCCUGGUGUGGUCCAGCGAAUCUUGCGACGAGGACACGCCAGUGCCCCGCCUCGUCCGAGAGGUCAGCGAGGACGGCUGGUACGACGGCGGCGCGGGCCAGAGCUGCGACGAGGGGUGCGCGUCGGUCGGCCUGAUCUGCACGGAGGAGGCGCUGGAGGCCCACAGCGGCGACGUGGACUCCUCGGACAAGGUCCUCGACAUGAUCGGGCAUGUCCGGGGCACGGUCUCCACCGCAGAGUGCGCGGAGGCGGCAUGGCAGGCAGUGCCCUUCUUCGACCCAGAGGCAGACCCAAAGCAUCAGUGCUACUACGCUCCUGCGGACCGCGGCUCAACCACAUACUCUUGCUCCAGGCGGCCAACCUCGAAUGGGAAGAGGAGGCGGCUCUGCUACUGUCACGCGGCAGGGGAGGUCCCGCCAGACGUCGCCACUGAGCCGCUGCAGGCAUCCAUCUUCGACGAAGGACUGGCCGCUAGCGAGUCCUACCCCGCGUCCGCCGUCCUGAGCGCCUCCGACGGGCAGGAGUGGUGCUCGCCUGAUGGGAUGCCGUCCUACUUCACCCUGAAACUGGCCAGGGUGAGCAGGGUGGUCGUGUUCAAGCUCCUCAACCUCUGCCUGGCCGGUCGGCCCGAGCCGCGAUCCACGAAGGACUACUCGAUCCUGGUCUCCGGGGACGGCGCGAACUGGACUGUAGGCGCCGCCGGCACGCUGGCGUCCUGCGAGCCGAAGAACGCCCCAGAGAGCAUCAGGAACACUGGCCCCCAGGACAAGAUUUUGUACGUCAGGUUUGCGAUCGAUAGCUUCUAUGGACGGAGUGGUGGGCUGACCUAUUUCCAGGCGUUUGGGGUUCCAGCUCGUGUGGCAGAGGAACCUCUGCCGGCCUACGUAUUCGAGCACGGACCUGUUUAUAGUUCCCAGUACCCCGCGUCCGCCGUGCUUGAUGCAACUUGGCAUGGAGGAGCAUCGUACAACUAUCAGACCUGGCUAACUCCUGAUGGGCAGACCUCGUGGCUGACGCUCAAGCUGGAGAAAGUAUGCACGGUGAUCGGCUUCGAGCUGCUGAAUACGUGCAAUAGUCCGCACAACGACCGCUCAACUAAAGACUACACGAUUAUGGUGUCGACAGAUGGGAAUGACUGGAGCGUCGCUGCAACAGGCAGGCUUGCGAACUGCGCUCCCAUCGUGGAGAACCCUGCGACCGUAGAGAACACUGGCCCGCAGGACAGCAUCCUGUACGUCAAAUUCUCAGUCGACAGCUACUACGGUCUGGGCGGCGGCCUGCAGUACUUCCGAGCCCUUGGUUCCCCGCAGGUCGUCACCAUGGUCCCGUCGGGGGCAGGCCAGAUGCCUCCGCACAACUACGCCGCAGCCCGCGGCGGUGCCGUGCCCUUCGCCUCGUCCAGCCUGCAGGGCGCCUGCACCUUCACCGGGCCAGGGGAGGGCAACAGCAGCGGCAGCGCCGGCAGCGGCAUCCACUGCUACCAGAACAUCAACGACGGGCGCCUCGGCAACGGCCACUCCUGGAUCCCCGGCGUCGCCGGCGGCUUCGUCGGCGUGCGCUUCCCACGGGAGUCGCAGAUCAUGGGCUUCCGGGUGUCCCGCCGGGGCGAGGGGAGCUGCUGCGACGACCGCAUCGGCGGCACGUACGAAGUGCAGUACACCGCCGAGCUCGGAGCCAACCAGCUGACGCCAGACUCGGCCUGGAGCUCCGCGGGAGCGUUUUCUCGCAAGACCUACGGGUUCGAGUAUUUCAAGUUCACGCUCCCCGUCACAGCGACGGCGUUCCGCCUGGUGCUGUCCGAUGGCGACGGCUGCAUCGACGAAUGGGAGCUGUACGGCCCAGAGGUCACGCCGAUGGAGCCACUGGACGCAUCAAUACUGGAAGCUGGACCUAUAUACGACAGCAGAUUCCCUGCCUCGGCGAUUCUCGAUCCGACGUGGCACGGUGGCAGCCAUAACAACCACCAGACAUGGCUGUCUCCUAAUGGGCAAACUUCAUGGUUCACUCUCAGGCUGUCCACUGUGUGCAACGUGACGGCAUUCCAUAUCCUGAACACUUGCAACACACCGUACAAUGACCGGUCAACAAAGGAUUACACUGUAUUGGUGUCGAAAGACAGCUUGAGUUGGGAAACUGCUGCAACAGGAACACUGGAGCGUUGCCAGCCCAUCAAGGACACGCCUCUGCUCGUCCUCAACAAAGGCCCACGAGUGGAGAUUCUGUAUGUCAAGUUCGUGAUGGACAGCUACUACGGCUCCAGUGGGGGUCUGAACUACUUCCACGCUCUUGGAGCCCCUCAGCCGAUCACCGUCGCUGACCCUCUGAGCGGUGCCAUAUACGAUCACGGGCCAGUCUACGAUGCCCGAUUCCCGGCCUCGGCCGUUCUGGACUCAACAUGGGAAGGCGGGAGUCACAACAAUCAGCAGACGUGGCUGUCUCCCAACGGGUAUACAUCAUGGUUCAUUGUAAAGUUGGACACUGCAUGCACUGUGACCGAGUUCCAUCUCCUGAACACGUGCAACACUCCGCACAACGACAGGUCCACGAAGGACUACACCAUCAUGGUAUCCAGCGACAGCGUCAAUUUUGCUGUCGCCGCGUCGGGGACGCUGGCGAGAUGCGAGCCGAUCAAGGACCACCCCCUCGUCCUGUCGAACACGGGCCCCUCGAGCGGCAUACGCUUCGUGAAGUUCGUGAUGGACAGCUACUACGGCAGCAGCGGUGGCCUGAACUACUUCCAGGCCUUCGGCACCCCGCAGGCGGGGGAGCAGGGGGCGGCGAACGGAGAGCUCUUCAGCUCGCUGGCGGACGGCAUCAAGAGCCUCACCCUCGCCGGCGGGGCCACGUCCUCGGGCGAGGCCAUCUGCUCCGGGGAGCCCGGCCAGGAGGCCGCCGUGACCUUCCCCGAGCCCUGCGAGGUCUCGUCCUCCGAGGUGCUCCAGGUGAGCUACAGGUACGUCGUCGGGCACGGGUGCCCGAACGCCGAGGCGAACGCCGCCACCGCAGGGCCGGUCUUCGAGGUGUCCGUGGGGGGCGAGCGGCAGGGCGGGACGCACGGCCCCUUCACGGACUACCCCCGCGACAGCUGCGGCGGUGCCGGGUGCGAGACCUGCUACUCGCCCGUCCAAACGUUUCUCUUGUGGGGGCCCAUGUCGGGCCAGGUCCAGAUCCAGGUCCGGAACAACGACCGCAGCUUGUGCCUCACCGCUCUGGAGCUCUCCGCCCGCGCUGCUCCUCCCGAGCCGCCCCCGCCCGCACCGGCGCCGCGGGACACGUUUUUCGAUUGGUUCGUGGACGGCAAGGACAGCAUCACGCUCACAGGCGGCGCCAGUUUCACGGGCGCCGACAUCCGCUCUGGAAGCCCAGACGAGGAGAACGAGCUGGUGCUUCCGGGCCUCCUGGAAGUCAACGCUUCCGCGGUGCUCAUGGUCGAGUACAGGUACGUCACCGGGUACGGCUGCGCCGGCGCCCCCGACGGCGCGGUCUUCCAGCUGAUGGUCGACGGGGCACCCGUGGGGGACCCGCAGGGGCCUUUUUCGGACUACCCCUACGACUCGUGCCAAGGGGCCGGCUGUCCCACGUGCUACUCUCCCGUCCAGAGGUUCUCGGUCCGCGGGCCGCUGUCCGGCGAGGUCAGGGUCGGGGUCGCCAACAGGAAGCGCAACCUGCAUCUCACGGACCUCAGGCUGGAGGUGCGGGCGGCGCCCGAGGAGGAGGAGAAGCCGCCGCCGCCCGAGUCCAAUGCGACGUGGGUCAAGCUCGCGGAGCGCUUCCAGUAUUUUGGAGACAGGGACUCGAGCGCAGUGGAGCCCCUGGAGCUGGGGAGCUUCACUGCGCUGCGGGCAGUGUACGUCGGCGGCUCCGGCAUCUCCUGCCACGGGGCGGUGACGCACGGCUCGACGCACCGGUGGCAGAUGUGCAACCCGCUCGUGGCGGACGCCUGGAGCUUCGAGCUCGUGAAGAACUCCGAGUUCGUGCUGGAGCAGCCCGCCUGGAGCACUCUGCCGCCGGCGUGCGUGGCUCCUCCGACCCCCUCGGGAGACAUCUACUGCAGGGUCAACUUCACGCUCAAGGAGGGCGACAAGAUCAGGGCUACUUGGUACGAACCUUCUCACCACACCAGCCUUCAGGACAAUGCUGGCGAUAUCUUCGUAGACAUCUAUGGCCUGAGGGCGUUUGAGACCAACACCACCAAUACCACGAAUGCCACCAAUGCCACCAACACCACCAACGUCACCAACACCACGAAUGCCACCAACGCCACCAACACCACCAACGUCACCAACACUACGAAUACCACCAACGUCGACAACACAACGACUACCACUAACGUCGCCAAUGCUGGAAGUGCUACGGCAGCCACGGAUGCUGCGACUGGCACGAAUGAGGCCAAGAAGACAAAUGAGACCACCGCUACCAACGCCUCAGAAACUACGAAUGCUGCGACGGCCGACGCCACGACCGCCACGGUGGCGUCGCAGGAGGUGGACACGUCUGAGUUGGACAAGGAGAUGGACGCCUUGGAGAAAGAUGCCAAGGAGUGCGCGGACACGCCCGGGUACGUAGACGAGUGGGGCGGGAAGAACCCAGUCGACCCCGAUUGGAUGGGCACCUGCUCUGAGUGGAGAGGCCGGGAUUGCGCCCAGGCGGUCGAGAAGUACCACUACACCCAGGCCGGGGAGGGCGAGCUGCUGGCAAAUUGCAGGGUGUCGUGUGGCUUGUGCACUCCAGGUGCCAAAGUGACGAUGCGCGUCCACACCAGCGUGGACAUGGUGAGUCAGAGGCCCAGCAAAUUGACGCUUCGUCUGGGAAAGGAUGGCACUGAGACCACGGUGGACGCCCCGCAUCAGGGAGGCGAGUGGACGACGUACGAGCUGCCUCCGUCCAGUGACAACACACUGAUGAUCAAGACAGAGGCCUUGGCCAAAGUGCUGAUCGACAUUAUCACAGUUGAUGGCUCCAGCGUAGAUGCAGGCCUACCCUUAUUACUCAGUGCUGAGUGCGGCGGGGAUGAUAGCGGGGUGCCUUGCGCUGCAGAGUUCACGAUGAAAUUUACGCCGCAGGGGGCGGCGAAGCCGCCAAAGUAUUGGUGGCAACCUACUGAUUACGUCGCCGACCGCUGCAUGGACGCGGCCGAGCAGUACAAGUACCCAGAACUCACUGACUCGUUGGGCAUGAGCGCCAACAAGUGCUUCGCGGCCUGCUCGGCGAAGAGGGGCAUGCGGUACUUCGGCAUCGCCGAUGGGACAACUUGCUGGUGCGCCGAGAGCGUCCAGGCGAGGGAGGUGAGCUUGUACUCUUGUGACAGGCCUUGUCCAGGUAAGGAUAGCGAGAUGUGCGGUGGCACCGGGGCGAUUUCCAGCGUGUAUUUGACUUUCGACUGCGUCCACAAGUCAGAUGAGGACGUCGAGGUCGCGAGGGAGAAGCGGGAUCGGAUCCUGUCUUCCUACUCGACGCUCGGCGGGCAAACGUGCGGCCAGGCCGACGGGAACCAGGUAAAGGUGAACGACGCCGUGACCAUGGUGGCGUCUGCCGAAGACUGCAUGAUAGCAUGCAUGGGGGGCAAGGGUUCCAUUGGGUGCCACGGCUUCACCUACGACAGGGUGCUGCAGAGGUGCACGUUCCACUACGACGUUCUGGAUGGGCUUGCCAAGCAGGGGAAGGACGUCACGUGUUAUCGGCGGGGCGCGGCGCGCGGCUCGGGGCGCGCGGCGCGCGGCCCGGGGCGCGCGGCAAGGCGCGUAAGGUCUGGGUCCCAAGAGGCCGCCGUCUUGGCUGCGUGCGCGGCA